UAGCAAGACUUUACAAACAAAAUGUCUGUUUUGUUGGCUUUUUACUAAAUCUAACAAUUAAAUUGAAAACUAAAUCAUCGAUCAAGAAAUUAAUGAUUAAUUUAUUGUAAAGAUCAUCUCAAUCUGAUAACAAUACAACUUGACACAAAUUGGUCUCAAUUAUCGCAUAAGUAGUCGACAAAUACCGCCAAAAUUUCUUUCUCAACGUUUCGCCAGAGUUUCGCCUCGACUACUAAUUUCCUUAAGAGGCGAUUCUCUUCGGGAGACCUUUCAGGAGAAGGAUUUGAAGAUGAAUUGGAAAAUGAAGGACAACCUUCUGGACCACAAACAAAGACAGACUCUAAUCCAGUCCCAACUCAUUCAGUGUCGCAAUCAUCUGAUCUGACUCUCAACUUCCGAGGAAGUAAUACGACGAGUGCCCCGACAUCACCACAUCAUUCCGGGGUCUCGUCCUUCUUAUCUCGAGCCACAUCUUUGACCGGAAGCGUCACUUCGACGGUUCAACAGAUCGCCAGAACCGCUACCAAUAAAGACAGACAAAAGAUCCUAUUAGUGAUCGACGACCACCAGACCGAUUGGUCCAAAUACUUUCGAGGAAAACGAUUGCAGGGGGAAUGGGAUAUUAGAGUGGAACAGGCAGAGUUUCGGGACCUCACGUUAGCCUCCAGUUCUGAUUCUGGAAGUGUUGUCAGUAUUAUUGGUUAUGAUAGAAGCGGUUCAAAGGUUGCGCGAUCAUUUCGACCAGACUUUGUCUUAAUUCGUCAACACAUCCGCUGUGUUCGUGAGGACUAUAGAGAUAUCUUAUUAGGUCUGGCCUUUGGAAAUGUCAAAACUCUUCCCAACUGUAGUCAGGCAUACAAUUUUCAAGACAGACCAUGGGUUUUUUCCCACUUAAUUGGUAUUCAAAAACGGUUGGGGAAAGAAAAUUUUCCACUAAUAGAGCAAACAUUUUAUCCCAAUCAUCGAGAAAUG